CCCUGCCAGCCCCUUCCCCGGGCCGGGAGCCGGACGGUGGGCGGCGGCGGCGGCGAGCGGGCGGACCGCGGAGGACGCGCCGCCAGCGCCUCCCUCCCAGAGUCCUCGGUCCCGGGCCGGCCGGGGCUGCCGCGGCGCGCUGGUGCCGGGCCCUGCCUCGCAGGCCAUGGGGGAAGGGGGCGCCGUGGGGCGCCGCCGGCCCUUCCCCGGGGCGCCGCGGCGGCGCUGGUGGCGGCGGCAGCAACAGCAGCAGCGGCAGCGGCAGCGGUGGUGGCCGGGCCGCGGCGGCGGCGGCGAGGGCGAGGGCGCGGGGCGCGCCGCCAUGGGCCUGGCCGGGCUGCAGGAGAAUGUAUUUACCGGGCAAUCAAAGAUCUAUUCCUACAUGAGCCCCAACAAAUGCUCUGGAAUGCGUUCCCCCCUUCAGGAAGAGAACUCAGUUGCACAUCACGAAGUCAAAUGCCAGGGGAAGCCAUUAGCGGGACUCUACAGGAAACGAGAAGAGAAGAGAAACAGUGGGAACGCAGUACGGAGUGCCAUGAAGUCCGAGGAACAGAAGCUCAAAGACGCCAGGAGGGGUCCCCUGGCACCUUUUCCAAACCAAAAAUCCGAAGCAGCAGAACCUCCAAAAACUCCGACCUCCUCUUGUGAUCCUGCCAUCGCUGCCAUCGCCAAGCAAGCCCUGAAAAAGCCCGUCAAGGGCAAACAGGCCCCAAGGAAGAAAGCUCAAGGGAAGACCCAGCAGAAUCGCAAACUCACGGAUUUCUACCCGGUGCGGAGGAGCUCCAGGAAGAGCAAAGCCGAGCUACAGUCUGAAGAAAGGAAAAGAAUAGACGAGUUGAUUGAAAGUGGGAAGGAAGAAGGAAUGAAGAUUGACCUCAUCGAUGGCAAGGGCAGGGGAGUGAUCGCCACCAAGCAGUUCUCCCGGGGCGAGUUUGUGGUCGAGUACCACGGGGACCUCAUCGAGAUCACCGACGCCAAGAAGCGGGAGGCUCUGUAUGCCCAGGACCCAUCCACAGGCUGCUACAUGUACUAUUUUCAGUAUCUGAGCAAAACCUACUGCGUGGAUGCGACUCGAGAGACAAAUCGCCUGGGAAGACUGAUCAAUCAUAGCAAAUGCGGGAACUGCCAGACCAAACUGCACGACAUCGACGGCGUGCCUCACCUCAUCCUCAUCGCCUCCCGCGACAUCAAGGCCGGGGAGGAGCUCCUGUAUGACUAUGGGGACCGCAGCCGGGCUUCCAUCGAAGCGUACCCCUGGCUGAAGCAUUAACCUCCCCACCCGCCCCCCUCCUUCUUCCAUGGACAAAGUGCCCUCAAAGGGAAUUGAUUUUUUUUUUUUUACACACUUAAUCUUAGCAGAUUACUUCAGAUGUUUUUAAAAAGUAUAUUAAGAUGCCUUUUCACUGUAGUAUUUAAAUAUCUGUUACAGGUUUCCAAGGUGGACUUGAACAGAUGGCCUUAUAUUACCAAAACUUUUAUAUUCUAGUUGUUUUUGUACCUUUUUUGCAUACAAGUCACACGUUCGUGCUUCCCGUGCAUGCAGUCAGAGACGCAGCACAGGUCGUAGAGGAAAGAGUGAACAUGAACUCGGAAGCUGGGUGACUCCCGCCUCCCACCGAAGAGCCAGGACUCUCCUCCCCACACCCCCACCGGCCAUGGGCGGGUGACGCUGCCUCCCUGGCCCGGCCUGGGUGUUCCCAAGCUCUUGUUUUCCUGACGUCUGGACAGGCGCACAUGGAAGUGUAUGAAUAUUUUUUAAAAAAGGUUUCGCAGUAAGCUAGUCUUCCCUCUGCUUCCUCGAAAGCUUACUGACCCUGUGGCCCCCGGGCGUGGGCCAGGCCUAGGUUUACUCUUCCACGGGCUGCCGCUUUUCUGGGCACCUCGAAGCAUCAGGGCGGGUAAUCAGAGUAGAUGUGGGCAGGGAAAAGCAUUGCUUGCUCACCCUGCUGGGGCAGGGUUUCCCAAAACUGGGUUAAUUCUUUAUAGAAAUGUGAACACUGAAUUUAUUUUAAAAAAAUAAUAAUAAUAAAAAGUAAAAAAAAUGUAAAAAAGACAAAAAAAAAGAAAAAACCACAGAAAACAACUUACAUGUAUAUAGGUCUUGAAGUGAGUGAAGUGGCUGCGUUUUUCUUCUUUCUUUCCUUCUUUCUUUUUCUUUUUUUUUUUUUUUUUUUUUUUGGUUUUGGUUUUUUUGGUUUUUGUAGAGGAGAUUUGAGAUGGUACUCUAUUCUAAUCAAAAAUAAAAGUUUUGUAGCGGGACCAGAUAUUACUUACCCAUUACCCCCCCUCCCCCCACCCUGACCUGAUUCCAAUGGGUUGAAAGUUCCUAGACCUGCUGUCAGGCUUUCUGAUUGUCAGACCACCUGGUGUCCUUCCUGCAAAAAUGAAGAUGCAGCCAUGAACCAAAGGGGGAGCCCGCCCCAGCCGCUGGUAGCAGUGGAGUGGGCAGGCCCGGCAGCCCAGGAUCAAGGCUAAGGGUCAAGUUUUCACCUUGACUGUGACAGGAGGGGUAGGUAGCUUCCUCCUCCCUCCUGAAGGGGGACCUAUUCUCACUCUGUUAACCUGCAGUCCAGGGGGCCAUGGCUCUGGAUCCAUGACCUGGGGUCUCCUGGCCUCCCCUGGUCCCAGGUAAAUGUGAAUGGAGACAGGUAUGAGAGCCUGUCCUCAACCUUGAUGCCCCCCCCACCCCUGCCCCCUGGCCUCACCACGGUGCUACCUAAGAAAGUCUUCCCCCCCAACCCCACAUUUGCCUGGUCAGUGGUCAGAGAAUUGGACGAGGAUCCGACAGAGUGUGUAAAUGUGAGAUAAAAUGUCUUGGUUGUACCUGUUUGUGGUUUAGCUUUGUAUUUAAAAAAAAAAAAAAAAAGGAAAGGAAAUAACUUGAAAAUUAUUUGUCAUCAUAAAAAUGAAACAAAAAUUAAAAUAUUUAUUGCCAGGCAA